CGUAUCUUAGGGGUCAUAUUCAGGCACACUAUUUCAAAUUUUAUUGAACUGUUGAGUGCACAUCGAAGCGUCUGUUCACAAAUUCAAAUAGUGUACGGCCGUUCAUAAUAUUCUAUCGACUGACCUGGGUGUGCUUGGACAAUUGUCUUGGAAGCUAUCUCAGUCGCUCAGUGUUCAUCUACACGCAGAUGUACUACCUGCAAAGCCGACAGCCAAAAGCACUGCCUUUCUUCUGAUUCAACAGUUGCAACCAUCAGCCAUUCGCAAUGAGGAUUCAGUGUGUUGUUUUGAUUUUCAUCACGCUUCUAGCGCUAUUCUGCAGCUUCGCGCGGAGUGUGACUGUAACGACCGAUGUGGGGGAGAUAAUCGGCAUAGAAAGUACUUGGAAGGGAAAGAUAGUGAAGAAGUUCUUUGGAAUACCUUUCGCUGAGGCGCCUGUAGGCAACCUCAGGUUCAGGCCACCUAUCCCAAAGGUCCCGUUCACGAAGCCAUUCAGUGCAGAAAAGAUUGGACAUUCAUGUUUACAGAACGAGCACACGCUGAGGAACUUCUCAGGGAUGGCUUUCGAAACUGAGGAAGAAAUAAAUGAGAUGACUGUGAACGAAGACUGUUUGAAUUUGAAUAUCUGGGUGCCAGAGGGAGGAGAGGAAACGAAGGCCGUUAUGAUAUGGAUCCAUGGAGGUGCAUUCGUUUUUGGUGCCGGAGCGCAAUACAAUGCCACCAAACUCGCCAUAUUCGGGGAUGUUAUCGUCGUGUCCGUCAACUAUCGUCUAGGAAUUUUAGGAUUCUUUUCAACAUUUGAUGACAUUGCAAGUGGGAACUAUGGACUGAUGGAUCAGCAAUUGGCUUUCAAAUGGGUACAGCAGAAUAUUGGUGCUUUCGGGGGUGACAAGGAUAGGGUGACGAUAUUCGGCGAGUCUGCUGGGUCCGCUUCGGUGACGUGGCAAAUGUUAGUACCAAGCAACGAGGGCUUGUUUCAAAGAGUAAUCGCGGAGAGCGGAACAGCCUUUUCCGAAUGGGCAUUCCCGGAUCCAGAAACAGCCAAAAGGUAUUUUGGCAUCCUGGUGGAGAAACUGAACUGCAGUGGAAAGGACUCAGGCGAGGUCAUCGCCUGCUUCCGGUCACUUCCGGCUGAAGCAUUUGGGUACGGGACCUCGAUUGGCUACCCCCAUGCUGAAGAGCUUGCUGGACGCACCCCUGCAGGACCGAGAGCUGACGGAGAGUUUAUUCCUUUUUCACCUACCGCUACUGAUCCUAAGGAAAAGAUGCAGGACCUACCCUUUUUCAGGUCACGUGAUUUAAUGAUUGGAGCGAAUCGGUUCGAAGGUUCACCAUACGUUAAUUCAGUGUUUGCACCAUUAUACAAGGCUCGGACAAAUCAAAGUAUGUACGAUACAGGUGUCCCCAAGAAUAUGAUUAAAGGAGUCUUGUCGGCAUUCUUCCCGGGUAAAAAUGAUCAAGGGCUUGUUGAUGCCGUGUGGUGGUUAUACAGCACAUCAGUUAAUGGCAAUACCAAUGACUUUAUGCCAGCCAUCGAAUUCCUAGAACUCGCUGGCGAUCUGAUGUUUUACGACGGUAUCGACAAGUUUCUUAAGCGCCACGCAGCGGAGACUGCUGGACCCCGGGGAUCAACCUACCAGUAUAGUUUUCUCCCGGAGCCGAGUGAGACUUUCGGCACCAUGGGACUUGUGUUCGAGAAGGAGCCUUGUGCAAAUGCGGCGAUCCACGCUGACGAACUUGGCUUCAUCUUCUGUAGACCUAGCAUAUUGGCCAAUGAAGACAAGAUCUUGAAAGCAGAGCUCGACCUGUCUGAUGCCAUGAUUGCAUAUUGGACCAACUUCGCUAAAUCAGGGAACCCGAACGAGCCAAUGUCAGUUCCUCGCCAGUGGCCGCAGUACAAGAUGGGAGAGGAGGAGUUCAUAGAGUUCGACAUCCAGAAUGAACAACUCGAUCUUAGAACCAACUCAUUUUACAGAAAUAGAUACGUGAGCUAUUGGAAUGACGUGAUCCCGUUGAUAACACGUCCCGCGGAGGAGAAGUGCCAUACAAGGGAGAAAGCUGAGUCCCCUGAUCAACCAAAAACUGGAAAGGAUGAGCUUUAUAUAAAUGUAUUUUUAGUGUAUUGCAACCAUCAGUCAUUUGCAAUGGGGAUUCAGUGUGUUGUUUUGAUUUUCAUCACGCUUGUAGCGCUGUUCUGCAGCUUCGCGCGGAGUGUGACUGUAACGACCGAUGUGGGGGAGAUAAUCGGCACAGAAAGUACGUGGAAGGGAAAGAUAGUGAGGAAAUUCUUUGGAAUACCUUUCGCUGAGGCGCCUGUUGGCGACCUCCGGUUCAGGCCACCUAUCCCAAAGGUCCCGUUCACGAAGCCAUUCAGUGCAGAAAAGAUUGGACAUUCAUGUUUACAGAACGAGCAAAUGUUGAAGAACUUCUCAGGGAUGGCUUUCGAAACUGAGGAAGAAACAAAUGAGAUGACUGUGAACGAAGACUGUUUGAACUUAAAUAUCUGGGUGCCAGAGGGAGGAGAGGAAACGAAGGCCGUUAUGAUAUGGAUCCAUGGAGGUUCAUUCCUUUUUGGUGCCGGAGCGCAAUACAAUGCCACAAAACUCGCUAUAUUCGGGGAUGUUAUCGUCGUGUCCGUCAACUAUCGUCUAGGAAUUUUUGGAUUCAUUUCAACAUUUGAUGACGUUGCAAGUGGGAACUAUGGACUGAUGGAUCAGCAAUUGGCUUUCAAAUGGGUACAGCAGAAUAUUGGUGCUUUCGGGGGUGACAAGGAUAGGGUGACGAUAUUCGGCGAGUCUGCUGGGUCCGCUUCGGUGACGUGGCAAAUGUUAGUACCAAGCAACGAGGGCUUGUUUCAAAGAGUAAUCGCGGAGAGUGGAACAGCCUUUUCCGAAUGGGCAUUCCCGGAUCCAGAAACAGCCAAAAGGUAUUUUGGUAUCCUGGUGGAGAAACUGAACUGUAGUGGAAAGGACUCAAGCGAGGUCAUUGCCUGCUUCCGGUCACUUCCGGCUGAAGCAUUUGGGUACGAGGCCUUGAUGGGCUUCCCCCAUGCUGAGGAGCUUGCUGGACGCACCCCUGCAGGACCGAGAGUUGACGGACAGUUCAUUCCUUUUUCACCUACCGCUACUGAUCUUAAAGAGAGGAUGCAAGACCUACCCUUUUUCAGGUCGCGUGAUUUAAUGAUUGGAGCAAAUAGGUUCGAAGGUUCACCAUUCAUUAAUUUAAUGUUUGCGCCAUUAUACCAGGCUCAGACAAAUCAAAGUUUGUACGAUACAGGUGUCCCCAAGUAUAUGAUUAAAGAAGUCUUGUCAGCAUUCUUUCCGGGUAAAAUUGAUCAAAAACUUGUUGAUGCCGUGUGGUGGUUAUACAGCACAUCAGUUAAUGGCAAUACCAAUGACUUUAUGCCAGCCAUCGAAUGCCUAGAACUCGCUGGCGAUCUGAUGUUUUACGACGGUACCAACAAAGUUCUUAAGCGCCACGCAGCGGAGACUGCUGGACCCCGGGGAUCAACCUACCAGUAUAGUUUUCUCCCGGAGCCGAGUGAGACGGUCGGCAGCUUGGGACUUUUGUUGGAGAAGGAGCCCUGUGCAAAUGGGGCAAUCCACGCUGACGAAAUUGGAUUCAUCUUCUGUAGACCUGGCAUGUUGGCCAAUGAAGACAAGAUCUUGAAAGCAGAGCUCGACCUGUCUGAUGCCAUGAUAGCAUAUUGGACCAACUUCGCUAAAUCAGGGAACCCGAACGAGCCAAUGUCAGGUCCUCGCCAGUGGCCGCAGUACAAGAUGGGAGAGGAGGAGUUCAUAGAGUUCGACAUCCAGAAUGAACAACUCGAUCUCAGAAUCAACUCAUUUUACAGAAAUAGAUACGUGAGCUUUUGGGAUGAGGUGAUCUCGUUGAUAACACGUCCCGCGGAGGAGAAGUGCCAUACAAGGGAGAAAGCUGAGUCCACUGAUCAACCAAAAACUGCAAAGGAUGAUAACAGUUGCAACCAUCAGUCAUUUGCAAUGGGGAUUCAGUGUGUUGUGUUGAUUUUCAUCACGCUUGUAGCGCUAUUAUGCAGCUUCGCGCGGAGUGUGACUGUAACGACCGAUGUGGGGGAGAUAAUCGGCAUUGAAAGUACGUGGAAGGGAAAGAUAGUGAGGAAGUUCUUUGGAAUACCUUUCGCUGAAGCGCCUGUUGGCAACCUCAGGUUCAGGCCACCUAUCCCAAAGGUCCCGUUCACGAAGCCAUUCAGUGCAGAAAAGAUUGGACAUUCAUGUUUACAGAACGAGCCCACGCUGAGGAACUUCUCAGGGAUGGCUUUCGAAACUGAGGAAGAAAUAAAUGAGAUGACUGUGAACGAAGACUGUUUGAACUUGAAUAUCUGGGUGCCAGAGGGAGGAGAGGAAACGAAGGCCGUUAUGAUAUGGAUCCAUGGAGGUGCAUUCCUUUUUGGUGCCGGAGCGCAAUACAAUGCCACCAAACUCGUUAUAUUCGGGGAUGUUAUCGUCGUGUCCGUCAACUAUCGUCUAGGAAUUUUUGGAUUCAUUUCAACAUUUGAUGACGUUGCAAGUGGGAACUAUGGACUGAUGGAUCAGCAAUUGGCUUUCAAAUGGGUACAGCAGAAUAUUGGUGCUUUCGGGGGUGACAAGGAUAGGGUGACGAUAUUCGGCGAGUCUGCUGGGUCCGCUUCGGUGACGUGGCAAAUGUUAGUACCAAGCAACGAGGGCUUGUUUCAAAGAGUAAUCGCAGAGAGCGGAACAGCCUUUUCCGGAUGGGCAUUCCCGGAUCCAGAAAGAGCCAAAAGGUAUUUUGGUAUCCUGGUGGAGAAACUGAACUGUAGUGGAAAGGACUCAAGCGAGGUCAUUGCCUGCUUCCGGUCACUUCCGGCUGAAGCAUUUGGGUACGAGGCCUUGAUGGGCUUCUCCCAUGCUGAGGAGCUUUCUGGACGCACCCCUGCAGGACCGAGAGUUGACGGAGAGUUCAUUCCUUUUUCACCUACCGCUACUGAUCCUAAAGAGAGGAUGCAAGACCUACCCUUUUUCAGGUCGCGUGAUUUAAUGAUUGGAGCAAAUAGGUUCGAAGGUUCACCAUUCAUUAAUUUAAUGUUUGCGCCAUUAUACAAGGCUCAGACAAAUCAAAGUUUGUACGAUACAGGUGUCCCCAAGUAUAUGAUUAAAGAAGUCUUGUCAGCAUUCUUCCGGGGUAAAAUUGAUCAAGAACUUGUUGAUGCCGUGUGGUGGUUAUACAGCACAUCAGUUAAUGGCAAUACCAAUGACUUUAUGCCAGCCAUCGAAUGCCUAGAACUCGCUGGCGAUCUGAUGUUUUACGACGGUACCAACAAAGUUCUUAAGCGCCACGCAGCGGAGACUGCUGGACCCCGGGGAUCAACCUACCAGUAUAGUUUUCUCCCGGAGCCGAGUGAGACGGUCGGCAGCUUAGGACUUUUGUUGGAGAAGGAGCCCUGUGCAAAUGGGGCAAUCCACGCUGACGAAAUUGGAUUCAUCUUCUGUAGACCUGGCAUGUUGGCCAAUGAAGACAAGAUCUUGAAAGCAGAACUCGACCUGUCUGAUGCCAUGAUUGCAUAUUGGACCAACUUCGCUAAAUCAGGGAACCCGAACGAGCCAAUGUCAGUUCCUCGCCAGUGGCCGCAGUACAAGAUGGGAGAGGAGGAGUUCAUAGCGUUCGACAUCCGGAAUGAACAACUCGAUCUCAGAAUCAACUCAUUUUACAGAAAUAGAUACGUGAGCUUUUGGGAUGAGGUGAUCCCGUUGAUAACGCGUCCCGCGGAGGAGAAGUGCCAUACAAGGGAGAAAGCUGAGUCCACUGAUCAACCAAAAACUGCAAAGGAUGAUAACAGUUGCAACCAUCAGUCAUUUGCAAUGGGGAUUCAGUGUGUUGUGUUGAUUUUCAUCACGCUUGUAGCGCUAUUAUGCAGCUUCGCGCGGAGUGUGACUGUAACGACCGAUGUGGGGGAGAUAAUCGGCAUUGAAAGUACGUGGAAGGGAAAGAUAGUGAGGAAGUUCUUUGGAAUACCUUUCGCUGAAGCGCCUGUUGGCAACCUCAGGUUCAGGCCACCUAUCCCAAAGGUCCCGUUCACGAAGCCAUUCAGUGCAGAAAAGAUUGGACAUUCAUGUUUACAGAACGAGCCCACGCUGAGGAACUUCUCAGGGAUGGCUUUCGAAACUGAGGAAGAAAUAAAUGAGAUGACUGUGAACGAAGACUGUUUGAACUUGAAUAUCUGGGUGCCAGAGGGAGGAGAGGAAACGAAGGCCGUUAUGAUAUGGAUCCAUGGAGGUGCAUUCCUUUUUGGUGCCGGAGCGCAAUACAAUGCCACCAAACUCGCUAUAUUCGGGGAUGUUAUCGUCGUGUCCGUCAACUAUCGUCUAGGAAUUUUUGGAUUCAUUUCAACAUUUGAUGACGUUGCAAGUGGGAACUAUGGACUGAUGGAUCAGCAAUUGGCUUUCAAAUGGGUACAGCAGAAUAUUGGUGCUUUCGGGGGUGACAAGGAUAGGGUGACGAUAUUCGGCGAGUCUGCUGGGUCCGCUUCGGUGACGUGGCAAAUGUUAGUACCGAGCAACGAGGGCUUGUUUCAAAGAGUAAUCGCGGAGAGCGGAACAGCCUUUUCCGGAUGGGCAUUCCCGGAUCCAGAAAGAGCCAAAAGGUAUUUUGGUAUCCUGGUGGAGAAACUGAACUGUAGUGGACAGGACUCAAGCGAGGUCAUUGCCUGCUUCCGGUCACUUCCGGCUGAAGCAUUUGGGUACGAGGCCUUGAUGGGCUUCUCCCAUGCUGAGGAGCUUUCUGGACGCACCCCUGCAGGACCGAGAGUUGACGGAGAGUUCAUUCCUUUUUCACCUACCGCUACUGAUCCUAAAGAGAGGAUGCAAGACCUACCCUUUUUCAGGUCGCGUGAUUUAAUGAUUGGAGCAAAUAGGUUCGAAGGUUCACCAUUCAUUAAUUUAAUGUUUGCGCCAUUAUACAAGGCUCAGACAAAUCAAAGUUUGUACGAUACAGGUGUCCCCAAGUAUAUGAUUAAAGAAGUCUUGUCAGCAUUCUUCCCGGGUAAAAUUGAUCAAGAACUUGUUGAUGCCGUGUGGUGGUUAUACAGCACAUCAGUUAAUGGCAAUACCAAUGACUUUAUGCCAGCCAUCGAAUGCCUAGAACUCGCUGGCGAUCUGAUGUUUUACGACGGUACCAACAAAGUUCUUAAGCGCCACGCAGCGGAGACUGCUGGACCCCGGGGAUCAACCUACCAGUAUAGUUUUCUCCCGGAGCCGAGUGAGACGGUCGGCAGCUUGGGACUUUUGUUGGAGAAGGAGCCCUGUGCAAAUGGGGCAAUCCACGCUGACGAAAUUGGAUUUAUCUUCUGUAGACCUGGCAUGUUGGCCUAUGAAGACAAGAUCUUGAAAGCAGAACUCGACCUGUCUGAUGCCAUGAUUGCAUAUUGGACCAACUUCGCUAAAUCAGGGAGCCCGAACGAACCAAUGUCAGUUCCUCGCCAGUGGCCGCAGUACAAGAUGGGAGAGGAGGAGUUCAUAGCGUUCGACAUCCGGAAUGAACAACUCGAUCUCAGAAUCAACUCAUUUUACAGAAAUAGAUACGUGAGCUUUUGGGAUGAGGUGAUCCCGUUGAUAACGCGUCCCGCGGAGGAGAAGUGCCAUACAAGGGAGAAAGCUGAGUCCACUGAUCAACCAAAAACUGCAAAGGAUGAGCUUUAAUAAAUAAAUCUUGACUGAUAAAGUGAUGUACAUGUAUAUUUGGUGUAGCGGUCGCUUUUUAAAUAUCUUUGAUGCAACAUUAGUGCGAUUUUACUACUUGGAUACAUUGUCUUUUUAGGGGCUGAUAGGCAAUAGGUAGUGGAUCAAAUUAGUGGUCCAUUAUGCAGAUUAGAACGAACUCUACACAGCCUGAUAGUUAACUAAUGUAACUUAUAUAAUAACUUAAUUUCAAUGAUUAUUCAGUCAGUCUAUUGUAUCAUACACGACUGGUGUAUUGUGAACUUUGUGUGGGGAGAAACAUAAUAAACGCUUGAUAAAUUUGUUCCAAAUUGAUCUAGCGGCCCAGGGCUGUCGGCCCCGGCCUUCAGUGACGGUGCAUCAGCAUCAAAACAAGUGGGUGUGGAUCCCAGACUCGUGCUGGUGAAGCCGCUUAGUUUUUCUAACGGACACUUUCCCCUAGCCAAGGAACUGACUUAGUCAUGAUGUCCCUUUAACACAGCCAUAGUGCGCCAAGUAUAGAAAGGGCGUGGCCGCAUUACAAUCCUUAGAUGCGUAGUUUUAUUUUCAUUUGAUUACUAUUGAAACGAAUCCGAUAUUUUGUCGAUAAAGAUAGCUACUGGUAUUAUAUUAUGUUAUAGCAAGUUUCGACAUAUAACGUAUAGCUGGAUAAUGUAGCCAAAUUAUCUUGAUAGUUAUGGCGCAUCAUGACUCUAAAGCGUUUAUGCAGCUAUAGCGGAUAUGUAUUAUUAAGAUUCCGUAGACUGAUCCAGACUUGAAGAAAAAAAUAUCCUAACCAA